GUGUUCUGAUUCUCCUGCAAUAAAAUCAUCUAUUGAGGAGGGGAGCCGAGAAGUCCUGCAUUCUUGUGGCACACAGUGCCAGCGAAUGCUUAAAAAUCAGGCUGUUGAUUGGUGCUUCUGAACUAAAUUUGGGGGAAAGAAGGACAUAAUCUGGAAUGCAAAGGAACAAUUCUCCUACCAGGGAACACAGGCUGUGUUUUGUGUGGUAGAAGAGCGUUGGGCUGUAAUGUUACCUUAACAGUGUGACUGUUGUCUGCAAGUGCUGACCAAGUAGGAGGGUGUAGCCCUUGCUCUGACACUGUUUAUGUACAUUGCUGCUUUAUUUGGACAGACUCCACUGGAGAAGCAGGUGUGUGAUUUAUCUGGGCUCCACACAGACUGCAGCCUCUGGUUCACAUGCUGCACACACUCGGGCUGCUGCACUUGGGACAUCAGCUGUGGAGAUCCUCGAAUUAAACCUGGUCCGGCUGGUGGUCAGUUGCUUCCUCUCCAUCAAGAAUAAACUGAAUUUUCCAAUAUAAAGCAGCAGCUCCACUUGUCGUCAUGAAUACAGACAGCGGUGGCUGUGCUCGUAAACGUGCUGCUACAUCAGUUAAAUUAGCCUCUGUGAAGAGAGUGCAGAGUUCGCCCAACUUGCUGCUGGUUGCAGGUAAUGAAGCACAGGCAGCAGAUUCAGAUGUUUGGCGAACUUAUAACAUUAAUGAUGGCUUCAGAGGCACAGUGAAUGGUGAAACAUACAGCUCAUCGCUGGCAGCAAAAGGUUUCCGCAGCGUCAGGCCGAACCUUUCAUUUCCCGAGAGGAAGACACCUCCACAUCAGAUGACAGUGAAUGGGAAUUCUGCUGCUGAUAGAAGCAGUCCAAUGAGUUAUUUGCAAAGACCUUUCUCCCCGUCAUCAGCCUACACCUCACUAUCUUCAGUAAAUCCAAACAUUGGUAUAAUGCAGCACAGCAGAACAAUGGAAAACUUAAGUAUUUCACAGCAAAGCAAGUCUCCUGGUGCAGAUAUAAUGAGCAUAGAGCCAGUUUAUAGAACAUCAGAAGAGGAAAAGAAAGUCACAGUAAUUAAGGCACCACAUUAUGCAGGAAUUGGCCCAGUUGAUGAAUCUGGAAUACCUAUAGCCAUAAGAACGACAGUGGAUCGACCCAAAGACUGGUACAAGACAAUGUUCAAGCAAAUACAUAUGGUGCACAAGCCAGAUGAUGAUACAGAUGCAUUCAAUUCCACAUAUGCAUAUGUUUAUCCUGAUCAUUACAGCUCAUUCACCUCUGUUCAGGCGCAUCCGCCUCCCAAGACACAUACUUACAGACCUUUAACAAAAAGCAUCUCAGACAAUGGUGUUGAAUUCUACAAGGAGUCUGCUCCAUUACCGCCACCGCCACCUGUUCCCCCACCUUCACAACCAAGAUUACGAGAAGCAGGUCUCACAGAAAAGAAUGACUGGGAUCCUCCUGAUAGAAAAGUUGAUACACGCAGAUACCGUGCUGAACCUAGAAGCAUAUUCGAAUAUGAACCUGGAAAAUCAUCGAUCUUAGAGCAUGAGCGACCGAGUGGGCGAAUAAACCCAGAUGAAAUAGAUUUAGAAAACGAGCCCUGGUAUAAAUUCUUUUCAGAACUGGAGUUUGGAUGCCCGCCUCCUAAAAAGCUCUUGGAUUAUCUGCCAGAAAGUUCUCCCCAUAUUUCGCCUGAAAACAUGAAGACUUCUUUUUACAAUCUAGCAAUAGAAAGGACGUUGGAGCGACCAUCCAGUGGCACAAAUUCAGCAAGUGACUACAGAAAGAGGCGGAAGUCUGAGCCUUCAGUGAACCAUCAAAGAGCACAGAGUGAUCACACUAUGCAGAAGAGCAGCGUUGAUCUCCAUGGAAUACCCAGGAGGUCUUUAAUCAACUCUUCACCAUCUUCGCCAUCAAGAGUUAAAGGUGGGGAUAUUAGCAGACAAUGCCCACUUAGCUAUGUACUGCAAAACCAGAAUUCCUCUCCUGAGUUAGGUUAUAGUAGCCGCCAUAGCCAGCCCUUGGUUGUAAUUACACCUAGCCCAAAAAGGUCCGUACUGUUCAAGAAUGGCUGGCAUCUGAAUCGACAAAAUGCAGAAACUUGGAGCAGCACAGACGAAGGGACCUCACCAAAACUGAAGUCUCGCAGCUAUGAUGAUCUGCUGCAGAGUGACUAUGAUGAGGUUCUUCAGGAGGGGCAGACAAAGUCUGAGAGCAUGGUGUCGUUACUUUGCGAAGAGCAGGCCAAGGGCGAAUAUUCCAGAGGUUGGCUGUCGCCGCAUGGGAUGGCGAGCGCAAAGCCCCAUAGACCGCGGAUUCGCUGCAAGUCAGCUCGUGGUGGCAAAGGCUUCCUGAAGCUCUACAAGAAAAUGCACCACAUAAAUCGCAAGGAGUUGAUAAAUCCAGAUGUCAUCUGCACUGUGAAGUCCAGGGUGUUACAAUACGAACAAGAGCAGCACAGGGGCAUCUUUUCGGAAUGGAAGGAAUUUUCCACUGAGGUACCAAGGGACAUGGUGCCGACCAGAAUCUCUGAAUUUGAGAAACUUAUUAAGUCAAAAUCUAUGCCCAAUCUGGACAAAGCAAUUUUAUCGGAAGCAUCCUAUACAGCUUCUAAUAAGAGAGUCUUCCCAAGGCGGCGGUUAUCCAUUGAAUCUUUACUGGAUGAGGAAAAUCAAGGCAGGAAACUGUCUACAAUGCAGCAACAUUAUUGCAUGUCCAAAGCUAUGAUGCCAAUUCAUAUCAAAAUAACAAAUGAAAAUCAGUCAAGACUGGCUUCGCGGUUUGAAAGCGCUGAGAUGGACAGUGACCACGAGGCCGUGGUGUCUGACCUCAGUGAUUACAUGCCGAUUGAAGGCUCCUCUUUUUGCAGUGAGAGUGAUUUUGAUCAUUACUCCUUCACAUCUUCAGAAAGCAUUUAUGGCUCCGGUCACCACCUCCACCACCAUAAGCACCUUCUCAGCUCCUGCAAGGGCAGAUGUCCAGCCUCGUACACCAGGUUCACUACCAUGCUGAAACACGAAAGGGCAAAUCAAGACAAGAAACCGACUUCAAGGAAACCCGAAGCUGACUCCAACCUUUCAAAGCUCGCCUUCCUGGUCAGCCCAGUGCCUUUCAGGAGGAAAAAGGUCCUGCCAGCCCAAAGAAAACCUGAAAAGCCAAAAUCUAAAUCAGUGUUUGAAGCCCUGGACUCUGCCUUGAAAGAUAUCUAUGAUCACAUCAAAGCAGAGAAAAGGCGUGGAAGUUUACCUGAUAACAGCAUAUUGCACAGACUUAUAACUGAACUGCUUCCAGAUAUCCCUGAACGGAAUUCGUCCCUCAAAGUCCUAAGGAAGAAAGUUAGUCCACAGCCUUCUCUGCAGCAAGAAGGGGAGGUUAUUGUUCCUUUGUACCAGUGUGACUAUGAAAAAAAUCAAUUUAGUGCCUCUUAUCAGGACAUGGACACCAACAACAACCCAGAGAGUGAUUGUACCUACUACCAAGAUCAGGAAUCUCAUAGGACUGUCUCUGAAAUGGGCCGAGCAGCGCUAAAAGAUCGCAGGGGACCGAUGCUUGAAUCCCGUAGGAAACCAGAAGAAAAAGAGCGACAGCCUGCUAAAGCAAUUUAUGAUUUUAAGGCUCAAACAGCAAAGGAAUUACCAUUCAAGAAAGGGAGCAUUGUCUACAUUAUUAGACAAAUAGAUCAAAAUUGGUUCGAAGGCGAACAGCAUGGAACAGUUGGCAUAUUUCCCAUUUCAUACGUUGAGAAACUGCCUCCGACAGAAAAGGCACAGCCAGUAAGACCCCCGCCACCAACAGAGGCCAGGGAAUUUGGGGAAGCAAUUGCAAAAUAUAAUUUUAAUGCAGAUACUAAUGUGGAACUGUCACUAAAAAAGGGUGAAAGAGUCAUCCUUGUCAGACGGGUAGAUCAGAACUGGUAUGAAGGAAAGAUCCCUGGAACAAACCGGCAAGGUAUCUUCCCAGUUACUUACGUGGAUGUACUCAAAAAGGCUCCAGCUAAGAAUACUGCAGAAUACCCCAGCCAUUCUCUGCCUCUGAGCUUUCCCAGUGAUAAGACCCACCUCUUGGGAUCUACAAAGCCUCAACAACCAUCCCUUUCUCAUGCAGAUUCACAGAUUGGAGAACCAUACCAAGCAAUGUACAGCUACAACCCUAGAAAUGAAGAUGAGCUGGAGCUUAAGGAAGGAGAUAUUGUUGAUGUAAUGGAGAAGUGUGAUGAUGGAUGGUUUGUUGGAACUUCCCGGCGAUCCAAGUUCUUUGGUACCUUUCCAGGCAACUAUGUGAAGCGACUAUAAAAUUUUACACAUAUUUGUAUCCACUGCUUUGAGUUUAGCACAGUAACCUCUGCAGCUUUCAUUAAAGGAAGUUCCAGUCUGUAGACAGUCAAAGACAUCCUUUGUGGCAGUUGUGUGAUUGACUACAGCUAACCUCAGAAGCUUUGCACCAGUUGGCACCAUCUUCUGCCAAGUAACAAGGACAUUAUUUUAAAAAAAAGUUCUGAUCAUGUUGCCUGGAGGCCACUCUGCGUUCCCUUUAGGGUGUCUCGAGAGCAAUUGUUUUAAUUUUUGUUAUUAUUAUAGUGCACUUAUUUUUCCCCCAUGUAUGCAAAUAUAGUGAAUGCUUAUUUAUUCUUCUUGGAACAGGAGCACACAGUGGUCUAUCACUAACACUUAUUACUGAUGAUUUUGUCACAGAGUAGAUUAAAUGCAUAAUACAUUCAGCAUGUAUUUGACCAGUAACUCGUACAGCUAUGAUGAUUUGUCACUUCGAAACCAGAGGCGAAAAUAUGUAGUUUACUCUUUCCUCACUAGUUCACGACUUGUUUUGCUGCUAAAUAAUGGAAUCUGUAGCACCAAGUAUUGUACAGGUUGUUUGGAAAUCUAUGUGUUUUUUUCACUUCCACACCCAUUCUAUUUUUAAAUGGUGGUUUAGAAUAUAGUAUAAAUAAGGUUUGCAAAAUAGAAUAUUGAGAUGGUUCAGCAAUGUUGCUACUCUUUAAGGCAAGUCAUAUUCAGGCCACUAAGCUUGAAUUUGUGAUAUUUGAUAUUGUAGAAUGGAAAUGUUUAAUUUUUAUAUGACUGCAGUUUGGAUGUUGUUGUUGGCUUAAAGCCACAGAGGUGAGAGGUGAGGUGUUUUGUCAGUAUAUAUUCCAACCAUCUUUGAGAGAUUUUCAAAAAGAGCAAGUGCACAAAUUUAAAUCCACUUCUUUGAAAUCCAUAAAGUAUUAUUCACAGUUGCAUUGAACAAAACUCAUUUAUUGAUAGGAGACAUCUCUGCCUUGCUUUCUUAUGUUUUCAAAGUUCCUGGAAGAAUUUCAAAUGUUUGAAUAAUAGUGUAGCCUCCUGAUAAAUAUGUAUUUUCUGGAUAACACAUUUAGAAUGUGUAAUCUAAGCUGCUCUAUUUGACUAAAUUGAAAAGGAUUUUAAUGAAGAAUUUGAGCAUUGUGUUCCCUAAAAUAAAAUGACAAACUGACUGUCAUGGUUGGGCAAGAACAUACACGAGAUGAAGGAAUUAUUAGCGCUGCAGCACCUUAGUUCAAUACAAGUGUGAGAGUUUUAAUUUCUUUCAUAAAUGCUUGAGUUUACUACAGUGUUUGUAGUCCAUAGCAUUUUGUGUAUAUGUAUAUACAAGUCUACUUUAUCUUGUACAGAUGUUUUAGUUGUUGAGUUUUAAAACAAAACAACAAAAUCACUACUUUUCAGAAACUUUUAUAAGUCUCUGUCUUUUCUCCUACCCUUUUUACUAACAGUCUCUCCCAUGCCAAUUGCAAGCACAUUUAGAUGGUGCAAGUGUGUACGAUAGUAUUUUGCAGAAUUUUGCAAACUGUAUUUCAAACAUAGUGUUACCAGCAAAAAAAACUAACUGUACAUAUAUCUUUAUAGAGAUUAAUGGGAGAUGAAAACAAAUGUCUGGAUUGAUUUAACAAUACUCUUUUAUUACACCUAAAUUGAAGGCAGAAGAGCUGUAAUUCUGAAGUUUCAAAUUUUGAACCUGGUCAACCGCAUGCAGCACUGCUGUGAAAUGAACAUCUUUCCUCUUUUAUGAUGAAAAUGACCAUACUCGUUGCCUGUAUAAUGAAAACUGUUUCUAUUCUCUGUAAUUGAUUUUAGAAGAUUUCUUUCGUAAGUGAACACCAAUUGAUUCAUUUUGAUGCAGUGGGAUUCUUUACGGAGGAAGUAAUUUUCCUUAUUGUGCUUUUUGUGAAUUCCAAUCCCUAAUAAAUUUUUG